UCAAGGAUUGAUUGUUUUCCUGUAUUAGGCUUGGACACACGAUUGAUCAUAUAGUUCCAGAGUCUUAAAGUUGCUUCAAAAUUUGAUGGAUUGUUUUGAUGUGGAGAAGAUGAUUGAAGUGCUGCUGGUGCUUCUGCUCAUGAAGCCAGCAGAGACAGCGGGUCCUGUUCGGUUUGUGAAUUUUACAAACCCAGAUUAUUGUGCCCCGAAGGGAUCGUCAGUGGAGUUCAAGUGCUCUUACAUCUACCCAGAUAAGGAAACCGUCACAAAAACAGCAUGGCGUAAGGGACACUUGAAGGAUGGCAAAUGGGUGCGCAUUGAACUUUCAGAUCUCCCCUCAUAUCACAAUCGUUCAGAAUAUCUCGGCGACCAUCAACACAACUGUGGUCUGGCGCUUCAUAAUCUGGAGGAUAACGACACUGGAUAUUAUUAUUUCUGGUUUGACACAAACAUGUAUGGACGGCCCAGCAAAGACUCAGUGCAUCUGUCCGUCAUAGGUGAUAAGCUGAGCGCCAGCGUGCAACCACAGAGAGUGACAGCUGGAAACAAUGUCACCCUCCAAUGUCAGACUGGCUGCCAACACCCCAAUAUCGUCUGGUUCAAAGAUGGCCAUCCUUGGGCAAAACCAAACUUCCAGGCUCAGGCAGAGGAUGCUGGGAAAUAUUGGUGUGCUCUGGAGGGAUAUGAGUCAAUGCGAUCCGACCCCAUGGCCUUGGAUGUUUGGUAUUCUCCAAUGAAUGUGUCUGUUGAGGUCAGUCAUGUCGGCGCGCUGAUGCCAGGCAGCAGCGUGAAUCUGACCUGUGACAGUGUUGCUAGGCCUGCAGCAGAUCUGUACACCUGGUACAGGAGCAACUCCAGCUCCAGCUCUCCCCUCCAGGUGAGCUCAGGACAGGUGUUGUCUCUUUCUGCUCUGAAUGUGAACCACAAUGGACUCUACUUCUGCCGGGCCAAGAACCGUGUCGGAGAAAGCAGUUCAACUGCUGUACUGGUGGAAGUGGAAGAAGCAAGCAGCGAGUUCAAUCAUUUCAUCCUCGCUCGAAUUGGAGUCAAACUAGUUAUUGUGCUGCUGCUGACACCGGUUAUCAUCUGGGCGUGGAGGCGACGGCGUUGUUCUGCUGCAAACAAACACGCGGAAAACAAUGACUAUGAAGACAUAUGAAACACCAAAAUGGAUGACAAUAACAACUGCAAAUAGAUAGCAUGGCUGUUAAACAGGGGAUAAAUAGGCCGAGAUUCAUGGCAUUUCAUGUCUAUGGUACAUGGUCUGUGGUAUGUUGGUCUGUGGUAUGUUG